AUGUCUCAAUCGCGAAGACCGCUCCAUUUCAAUGAAAAGACUGGCCCAAUCCAGGUUGACGCAGAUCUAUCUGUCGUGCGCCAAUUCCACCAACAACUUCCCAACUUUGAGCGGACACCACUCAUAUCGCUCGAUGAAUUAGCGAAAGUAUUGAAAGCUAAAUAUGUCUUUGUAAAAGAUGAGAGCAGCCGCCUUGGGCUUCCGGCAUUCAAGAUACUCGGAGCAUCAUGGGGAUCUUGUCGUGCCAUCAUAGAUAGAACCGGCAUUCCCACCGACUCGCCCCUCGAGAAGAUUGCACAAGCUGCACAGAAAGAGGGUAUUAUUCUCUUUACUGCCAGUGCAGGUAAUCACGGCCGAGCCCUAGCUGCGAUGGCAAGGAUCCUGGGUAUACAAGCUCGUAUUUAUGUUCCCCGCACAGUCAAUGCAGAGGCAAUUCGUCUCAUCUCAUCAGAAGGGGCGAAGGUCACUGUCUCCAAAAAAGACUACGAUGGUGCUAUGGGAGAAGCAUGGGACGAGGCGAGCGCAAGUCAGUGCGGUCUCUUCGUCCAAGACACAGCUUUUGAAGGUUACGAAGACAUUCCGAAGUGGAUUGUCGAGGGUUACUCGACUUUGUUAUCAGAGAUCGAGGAGCAGCUAAAGGAGCAGAGUCUCAAGGCAGGUCUUGUUGUCACUCCUGUGGGUGUUGGAUCUCUGGCUCAUGCCGUCGCACGUCAUUGCAAAUCCAAGGACCGGCAAUGCGCUGUCAUGUCCGCCGAACCUGACACUGCAGCAUGUCUGUACAAAAGCUUGGUAGCUGGCCAACCAACGCCAGUGAUCACUACGAAGACGACGAUGGAAGGCAUGAACUGCGGCACCCUUUCGUCAACCGUCUUCAAGGACUUGCAGACUGGUGUCGAUGCGAGCGCCACCAUCUCAGAUUUCGAAUCGCAUCAAGCCAUCCAGUAUCUUGCAGGGAGAUCAGUCAACAGCGGUCCAUGUGGUGGAGCGGCUCUCGCAGCGUUGUGGCGACUCGCAAAAUCUUCUCAUCGUCCGGCGUGGCUCACCGAAGAUACUGUGGUAGUUAUCCUUAGUACCGAAGGCUUGCGCGAGUACGAAACGCCAUUGGAUGUUUCCAGCGAUAGUCCUGUCGAGCUGACCCAAAUUUUGACGACUAUCGACUCGUCCAACCCCGAUUUGUCCGAAGCUUCUGGUGCAGGAGAGACUUCGAUAGCCAACUACAUCAGUGCAUGGCUUCAACAUCGAGGUAUGGAGGCACACUGGGUCGAAGCCCAGCCCGGAAGACCUUCCAUCGUUGGCGUCCUUCGUGGCUCUGGAGGCGGAAAGAAUCUAAUGGUGAACGGACAUAUAGACACGGUGAGUCUAUCCACGUACACUUCAGGCAACCCAUUGGGUGGAACUUUGGAAGGAGAUCGUAUCUAUGGCCGAGUUUGUCUGGAUAUGAAGGCAGGCGUCGCUGCUGGUAUGGCAGCAAUGGCCAAGCUUUCGGCCUCCCAAACUCCACUAGCGGGUGAUGUGAUUCUUGCCGCCGUUUCUGAUGAAGAGAAUCUUUCCAAGGGUACAGAAGCUGUACUGGAAGCUGGAUGGAGAGCAGAUGGAGCCAUUGUUACAGAGCCAACGCUACAAGACAUUGUGACGAGUCACAAAGGCUUUGUUUGGUUCGAGAUCGAUGUAAUUGGAGUUGCGGGGCAUGGCCCUCUACCGGAAGAAGGCGUAGACGCGAUUCUGUUAUCUGGGUACUUGCAAACAUCACUCUUGAAGUAUGCGAAAACGAUGCCCUCAGAGCCUCGACUGGGACAAGCCUCACUACAUGGUGGACGCAUUAUCGGCGGCGAGGAACCAUCCAGCUACCCUACCUUGUGCACACUUACAGUCGAGUUCCGCACGGUGCCAUCUCAAUCGUCCGAAUCUAUCACAGUCGACCUCGAAAAGAUGCUGAGUAAAAUCGCGAGCGAAGUCCCCGACUUCAAGUACAACAAACCCCGCAUUACCUUCUCGCGGCCUCCAUCUGGGCUGGCAGAUGACAACCCAUUUUUGAAGUCUUUUGUCUCGUCUGUGUCAAACACACUCGGCGAAGCCCCAUCUCCUGUAGGAAGAGGGUUCUGGUGCGAUGCUGGCCUCUUGAACAAAGCCGGCAUACCUUCCAUCGUGUAUGAACCCAAAGGCGAAGGUGUUCACGCCAAGCAAGAAUGGAUCAGUGCUUCAAGUAUCCAGGAAGUCACUGAUGUGCUUGUAGCAACGAUUCGUGAUUUCUGUAUAUAG